UUUUCCCAACUUUUUUUUUCCCUUUGUUUGUUUGGAUUGUUUUCCAAUUUUGCAACUCCUCCAAAUACUUCAAGCUCCCGAGUCAAUAAAUAAAAAAAACCCCAAGCUCCCGAAAACCAAAAACUCCUUAUCCAGCUGUCUCUGAAUCCGGAAACCUCUUCCUCCCAAUCUCGAAAACCCACAAUCAAUGUUCCUUCUACUCUAGUUAACUUCCGCAACUAUUAUACUCUCUCUCUCUCUCUCUAUAUAUAUAUAUAUAUAUAAUCUUAUAUAUACCCAUUUAUUUCAUUUUCAUUACAUAAUAUGCAACCCAUCCCAACGGUAACACCCCCACCAUCAUCCUCAUCCUCACGCCCACCCCUAUUUUCCCACUCGAAUCUCCACACUUUCCCACCAAGAAACCAGUUUUCCUGCUCAAGAACAACAUCUUAUCACACACGAACACGAGGAUCAAUGGCGUUCUCAUCUCUUUCUGGGGUUGGCGUUAGACUAAUUCCACGAGCCGUGGCCUCUUUAAGCGGUGAAAAUGGGGUUUCCACGCUGAUGGAUUACGUGGGCAAAGGCGGAAUCGGCGCCGGAGAUGAUCUGGUCGUGUUGUUGUAUCACUUGCAAUACGCUUGCAAGAGAAUUGCGGCUCUUGUGGCCUCUCCUUUCAAUUCCAGCCUCAUCAUCGGCAAGCAGGUAGGCCCCGCCGGCGCCACCGGUGGCUCCGGCAGGGAUGCGCCGAAGCCGCUCGAUAUCGUCUCGAAUGAAAUCAUCUUGUCAUCUCUUAGAAAUUCCGGUAAAGUUGCCGUCAUGGCUUCUGAAGAAGAUGAUGCUCCAAUUUGGAUAAGUGAUGAUGGACCCUUUGUGGUGGUAACGGAUCCUCUAGAUGGUUCUCGAAAUAUUGAUGCUUCCAUUCCCACCGGAACGAUUUUUGGGAUCUAUAACCGCCUUGUUGAACUGGAUCACCUGCCAAUGGAGGAAAAGGCUCAGCUGAAUUCACUUCAGAGUGGAACUAGGCUUGUGGCUGCUGGCUAUGCACUCUAUUCAUCUGCCACAAUAUUCUGUGCAAGUUUUGGUUCAGGAACACAUGCAUUCACUCUGGAUCAUUCGACUGGAGAUUUUAUUCUCACACAUCCAAACAUAAAAAUCCCUCCUCGAGGUCAAAUAUAUUCUGUAAAUGAUGCUCGAUACUUUGACUGGCCCGAAGGACUUAGAAAAUACAUAGACACAGUAAGGCAAGGGAAAGGAAAGUACCCCAAGAAGUACUCAGCCCGUUACAUCUGUUCUCUGGUGGCUGAUCUGCAUCGAACUCUUUUGUAUGGCGGUGUUGCAAUGAAUCCGAGGGACCAUCUUCGUUUGGUGUACGAAGCAAACCCGCUUAGCUUUCUAGUGGAGCAAGCUGGAGGGAAAGGAUCCGAUGGUAAGAACAGGAUUCUUUCAAUUCAACCAGUCAAGUUGCACCAAAGGCUGCCACUUUUCUUGGGAAGUUUAGAGGACAUGGAGGAGUUGGAGAGUUAUGGGGACGUGCAACAGAAAGUGAAUCCUGGGUAUGAAGUUUGAUGCUGUAUAGCUGUUCUAACCAUAAAAUUACCAGCUCAUCAGAUGUGUUGAAUAGCAACCUGUUUUGAAUUGUGAGUGAAAUUUUGAGUUUUGGAUUCAUUGUUUUUGACACUAUAGAAGAAGAGUUCAGGCGUACGAAAUAAGAGAUAGUUAAAUAUCCUCUCUCCCUCUCUCAUGCUGAUUUUCAUUGUGUAAAUAGUCAACUUUUAUGUUAUAAA